UCUUUUUUCUUCAAGAUUUUUACAUUUUCAAUCUGGGUUUUCUUGAUAUCAUUCAAAAGUGAAGAAAUUUCUUGUUUUUUGUUGCUAAGUUGCUGAAUCUUGAGUUGGGUUUUCUUGAUCUUGAAUCAUGAAGAAAGAUCAAGAAAAAGAAAAGUGGCAUGUGUGUAAGUUUUGUGACCAAAGUUUUCCAAAUGGCAAGAAAUUGGGUGGUCAUAUGAGAGGUCAUUUAGGUUUGAUUGCAGCAAGUAGAGAAAAGAGUGUUCAAGAAUCCAUUAAUGGUGGAAUGGGUAUUGAUCUUUUUGAUAAUGGUAGUCAACUGAUCAAGAAAAGUCAAAGUUUUGACCAAGAUUGUGGAAGAAGAAAAAAGGGUGUUCAAGAAAAUGAUCAAGAUGAUGAUGGAAUGGUCAACAAAAGUCAACAAGAAAUGGAUGUUGACCAAGACUAUGGUACUAAUGCAAAUAAUAAUGUGUAUGUUUUAAGAGAGAACCCUAAAAGAUCUUGGAGGGUUUCGAAUAAUUCGAUAUCGAAAUCGAGUUUGGAUGAUGAGUAUGAUGUGUUUUGUAAACAAUGUGGUAAAGGGUUUCAGUCAUCAAGAGCUUUAGGUGCACAUAUGAGAUAUCAUUCAACUAAAGAAUCAAUUAGUACUAGUAUUGUGUGUGAAAAAUGUGAUAAAGUUUUUGAUUCAAGGCAGGCUUUGUAUGGUCAUAUGAGGUCUCAUUCCAUGAAAAAAUUGGAUGAUGAAUCAUCUACAUUGUCAUCAAUGAGAAAAAAGAGAUCAUAUAUAAGGUACAAUAACUCUGAUCAUAUUAGUACUACUACUAGUUCAAGUUCUUCACCUUGUGAUGGUUAUGAUGAUGAUGAUUUUGAUGUUGAGUUAAAAGGGGCUAUUUGUUUGAUGAUGCUUUCAAGAGGUGUGAGAAAUAUAGAGGGGGUUAAGUUGGUCAUUUCAAAUCAAGCUGGUUUUGCCUUUUCUGACUAUGGUGGGUAUUCAGCAAGAAAUGCUGAUUCUGAGGUUUCAGUUGAUGGGUCAAUGGACUUUUGCAAGUUGAAGAACAAGUCUAAAAUGGGUUUGGAUAAUGAUUUGAUCUUUGCAAAUGGGCCGGGUCAAAUUGAUACGGGUCGGGUUGGGUCAAUGUACAGGUCAAUAAAGAAACCAAAGUCAUGUGAGGUGAAAAAGAGGUCCAAGGACCAUAUUUGCUCAAUUUGCUUCAGGGAAUUUCGGUGCAGUCAAGCUUUGGGUAGUCACAAGAGGACCCAUCUCAAAACCGAAAGCAAAGUUAUGGAGCGCGAUCAUAAGGUUGAGCUCGAUACACCUGAACUUGGUUUCGAUGGAGGUAUCGGCUAUGGUGAUGUGGAGUUCAAGCUAAGGUGGGUCCAAACCAAAAUCGAGUGGGACCCGUUGUCAAUAGGUAACUGA